UAAUCCAAAAUUAUCUCCCCCUUCUCCAAAAAAAAUACCAACUUGACCUGGUUAUUGCUAAUGUUGAAAAUACUACUCACGGCAAAGGAAUUUCUUACGAACAUUAUCAGGAAUUAAAAAAUUACGGGAUUAAUAUUAUGACUUCGGGCAACCAUAUUUUUAAUCUUGAAGAAACCCAAAAAUUUAUUCAAGAGGUUCCGGAUUUACUACGACCGUUGAACUCCAAUCCUUACCAUCCUGGUGUGGGAACUGUCCUUAUUAAUUGCCAAGGAAAAAGGAUUCGUAUUACCAACUUAAUUGGCACAACUUUUAUGCCUAUGGCAGCUGAAAAUCCUUACUUUGCUCUAAAAAAAAUAAUCGACUUACAAGACUGCGAUAUUCAUUUGGUCGAUUUUCAUGCUGAAGCUACGGCAGAAAAAAUGGCCCUAACCUGGCAUUUUGACGGAAAAAUAAGUGCUUUGUGGGGAACCCAUACUCACGUGCAAACCGCUGAUGAACGAAUACUCCCAAACGGCACCGCCUUUAUUACGGAUUUAGGCCUGACAGGACCUUACGGAGGGAUUAUUGGGGCUCAACCAGAAACAAUCAUCCGCCGGGCCAAGGACGCAUUACCCAGCAAAAUGCUUCCUUAUGAGGAUAACGGUCAAUUUAACGGAAUUAUUUUAGAAAUUGAUGAUACUAGCAAUAAA